UGAGCUUACUUGUCAGGCUCUGUGGCAGCACUUGCCAAACCACGGACUUCUCCAGCCCCGAUGCGAUUACGAUACGAACUCGAUGAGCACACCUGCAACCCCAUCUUUCCCCACCGUCGCCGUUUAUUUCUGCUGCCUCCGCGGAGCACCGCUACCCUUCUUCGAUCCGGACUCAACCGCGGCCGUGAAGGGGCGCUAGACUGCGGCGACUAGACGCACGGCGGCGGCCACUGCAGAUCUCGACCCCCUCGCUCGAUCGUGAUCGCGGUUCGGAGGGGCUGGAGCGAAUCCGGUCGUAGUUCUCCAAUUCGAGGCUUCAUUUGCUUGGCCUCCUCCCGUCGACGCCAGAUCGGAGCGCCGACACCCUUCUUCGACCCAGAAACAACGACACACGACUGCAGGUGCGACAAGACGCGCGACGGCCGGCGGCCACUGCAAAUCUCGAACCCCCUCACUCGAUCGGGAUCCUGGUCCGGAUUGGCUCGACCGAAUCGGCACCUAGUUCUACAAAUCGAGGCUUGAUCUCUAUCUAAAACGGCAGGUUGCAAUGCUGGAAUUUUUCGAAAAGAAGCUGAAGCAAGUUGACAACAGAGCUAGGUUCCUCUCUUGUGUUCUGAGUGGUGAUAUCAAGAUCAUUCCCAGGAAGCAAAAGGAGCUGCUGCAAGAGAUUGCUGAAAAGGGAUUUGAUCCCCUCCCAAAGGAGGUUCUGCCCGCUGCCGUAGGAGCAACAGGAGACAGCGAAGAAAAUGGAAGAAGUUCUGAUGUACUACAUGCCAGUGAUUAUGAGUAUCUCACCUCCAUGACAAUUUCUACCUUAAAUGAGGGGUACCUGGAGCAUCUUCUAGUACUAAAGAAGAGAUUUGAAACUAAAGUUGGACUCCUGAGAAGAACUACACCAGAAUGUCGGAAAUCUGAAAAGGAACCAACUCAGAUAAGUCCUGAUAUACAGUUUCUUGAUGCAAACUAUAUAAAAGCUCAAUCAGAUAGAAAGGUUGUGAUAGUCAUUGAUUGCAAACACAACAAUGUAUUUGAAGCAGCCCCCAGGAGACAACAUAAAAGGACUGCAGCCGAGUAUCUUGAGGCAAGUGUGGUGCUGAUGGAUGAUGAUGAGGACCAUCUUGCUGGAAGUCUCGAGGCCCAAGAAUUUAGUGACUGAGAACACACAAAAGCAACAAGCAAAGAAGCAGAGGAAACAAAGAAAGAAGCAGAGGAAGGAAGAAGGCAAAACAGGCACAAUACCUUGCCAUGGACUAGACUCUCAGGGCCAUGUCAGAUCAAGCCAUGGCUUCCUCACCGAAGAAAUUAAGAAGAUUGCAAGCGACUUAGAUGGUGUUAAGAUCACUCAUGGUAAUAGGGAUCAGAAUAGGGUAGCUCAGGUGUGGCUAAGUUAAGCCUGCAGGAUGCAUCUGUGUCAGUUUAGCAUGUGGGUGCACUGUCUGUUGUAGCUUCUUUUGUUGCAGCAGAUGUAACCCUUUCGAUUAGGGCAACAUUAGCCAUCGGUCAGAUGGGGCGAGCCCCAUAUCGGCCUCCUCCCUAGCCUUUAGAUUAAAUAGCAAAGUCUGGAUCGUUGGACCAUUGCAGCAUAAAACUUCCAAGCUAUACAUUUGCAACAUCAUAGUAGAACUUAUAUUGUGGUGUGUCAAAAAUAAGGAGAAAAAAAUGUCUAGUCA